CCCCCAGAGGGAAAAACAUGGCGGAGCCACCGCCUCCUCUGGGAAGGGAUGCGAAGGUCGACACCUGAAACCAAACUAGGCGGGGACUUCUCCCCCCUUCCCCCGAGGAAGCGGCGCGGCAAAGGAGAGCCCUGGCGGCCUUCCUCGCCUCUGGCCUGUAGGAGGCAAACGGCUCCCAGCGCCUGGGCGGAAGAAGGCGGGCUCUCGGCGGGGCCGCGAUGGCUGACGAGGGCGGGCAGCCUCCGCCGAAAGGGCCCUGCUGCCGCGCCGGCCUCCCCGCGCGAUAUUUCUGCACGGCGGGCCGCGGGAUGGAGCCUUUCCUGCUGAGGGAGGUGCGGACUCGGCUGGACGCCGCGCAGGUGAGGCCCUCCGGCCGGGCUGCGAGGAAAGUCCGGCGAAUCCCUUUGGACCGACAGCUUCGCUCCGCCUCCUUGCCGGCGGAGAGGAGGGUGGAAUAUGUAUCGGGAAAAGUCUUCUUCACCACCAGCGCAGAGCUGAGUAUGCUGAAGGAGCUGAAGUCUGCGGAGCGGUUGUUUUUGCUGCUGAAUAAAUAUCCUCCACUUUCCAUCUCCAGAAAUAAAGGCAGAGUAAUUCAUGACGUUCAAAAACUUGUAAAUGAGACUCCCAGGCAUUGGCUGGAUAUGGUUACUCUUUGGAGAAGUCUUCAUUGCCAGGAGGUGAAAGAAGAAAACAGGUGUGAGGAACGUCCAGACUCCCAGAAACGGAAGCUGGAAGAGGAGGGCAGCAUCCAAAAUAAAAAACAGAAGAGAGAACUAAUAUCGGAGACAGUUUCUGGUGAAACUCAAAUAGAAAACCAACAGAGCUGUAAUGCCUCCGAGGUUCAUAACAGCAACAGCUUGUCUUCGGGCAGAUCGUUUUUGGAAAAGACUCCUGAACUUACUCAAGAGAAAUCUGGCGAGAGCAGCAGUUGCUUCAGCUUCAGAGUUUCCUGCCGAUGUAGUGGAGCCCUUGCAAAAAUAUUUACUGCUCAGGAGAUGGGGAGGAUAAUUGCAACGGCUCUUAUGAAGAAUUUUGGAUGGAAAGCAGAUUUGAGAAAUCCUGACAUAGAGAUCUUUGUGCAUCUAAAUGACAUUUACUCUGUGAUUGGGAUUCCUGUUUUCAGACUUCCCUUGGCAAGCAGAUCAUAUAUCAAAACAGCUGGGUUGCGAUCUACCGUUGCUUGGGCUAUGGCAUCCCUUGCUGAAAUCAAGGCUGGUGCAUUUGUACUGGAUCCUACAUGUGGGCUAGGAACAAUACUCCUAGAAGCAGCAACCGAAUGGCCUAAUGUGCAUUAUUUAGGGACUGACAUAAGUGAUUCACAAUUAGAAGGAGCCUACACUAAUAUUAAAGCUGCAGGCCUAGUGGAUAAAAUUGGGUUACUGAAAGCUUCUGUGACAGCGUUGCCAUUUCAGUCGGAAAGCAUUGAUGUUGUUCUUGCGGACAUCCCCUUUGGAAAGAAGUUCAAAAUAACAAAAGACAUGACCUUACUGCCGGACGUUUUUCAAGAAAUCGAAAGGGUGCUUUGUGGUGGAGGGAUUGUUGUGCUGCUACUUAGUCAAGAGCUCUACAAGCGCCUCUCUGGUGACAUUGCCAGCAGUCUAGGUACUGAGAACUGCAUCCCUGCAAGUCCUUGCAAACAAAGUGCCAUGAUGUCAGUCAGCAACGCCAAAGGUAACAGCUUUGGCACCACGACUGUUCCCCUAUCAACUCAAGAGGCAGAGAGAGAAAACACCAGCGAUAAAAGGACGACUUUUGGCUCUCUGGUGCUGGUGGAAUCCUUGGAAGUUAGCCUUGGCAAAACAGGUGCAUUCAUAUGCAAGUAUAAGAAGGUAACAGGAGGUUUUGCAAGAAGUUAGCAGCAUUCAGCAAGUGUGCAUGAAGCCGUUUGGAGCUUCUGCUUCGAACCAUAUGGAUCUGGAGCAGCUGAGCUUUGGUGAGCCCAGAGCUCAGCCAUCAGAAUUGCCGUAGCUUCCAUACCUCCAGUGGGCCCCAAAGGUAUGUAGCAAGGGUCUCUAAAUGUGAAGGCCUUUGGCCAAAUCUAGGCCUUUAAGGGAUGCUUAAUUCCUUUUCCAGUCUAGAUGGAAAAGAGGUCUGGAGAAGGUGUGGUUAGUGUAAACAAGGCUUGCUGGCAGGCAGCUUUAUUAGGGAUGUGGUGCAGGUUCACCCCUAGGAAAGUAAGUUGCCAACCAGGAGCCAAUAUAGCAUGCCCGAUAAAGGAGUUGGUGGCAGUCCUUGGUGCUUACAUGGGACCAUUUUACCACAAUAGGGUGGGGCUCAAGGCAGGCUGUGGCAUUGUGCUGGCAGAAAGGGGCAUGGUGCCUUAUUUUGUGUGCUGCAGUGCUGACACGGUAAAUCACAGGGGUGCAAAAAUGUCUGCCUUUUUUGAGAGCAGACGUGUGGCUUAUAAGCGCAUCUCCUGUGUCUUUAACAAAAUCCGGACACGGCUGUAGUCUGGCCGCUUUUGACCACGACACGGUAACUUCCAUGCAUGACAGUGCAUUAUACAUAUCGCAAGCCAAGUGAGGGAGGAAUUUAAGGUGACUGUUCCAUCAGUGCAAGAAUUUCGGAGUGUUAGAUGGAACCAUUUCCUCUUGUCUCCCUCCCCCCCCCAGCACACUGCUCCCGAUCACCCCUUGAAAGUGCACUGAGGAGGAGGAGGAGAAGCUCCUUUGCACAGGGCUUCUGCUAAUUGGGCUCAUUGGACUCCUACCAUUUAUGCUUGCACUAAUUUUAAUUGCUUUGGAAGAAAUGGCUUCCUUUCCCCCCCUCUUGUUUCAUAAGUAAACCAAAAUAAACUUGACUGGAAAAUUCCAGUAUGCUUUUCAGAAUGGUGUAAAAUCCCAGUGAUGUUAUUUAGAAAGGUGCAAAGUAGUAUAGCCACAUGACUGGAGUCAGAGUUUUUAACUUGAGGUUGUAUUUUUGUCUUAAACUUACAUGACUGUUUAAGAAGGACCCAUUUCCAAGUCACUCACUCGGAAAUUUUUACAAACACUUUCAACGGAAGUUCUACCACAAAACUUUUUUUUAGACAAAGAGGCUGAGGUUGUACAACAGAUGUUACUUCCAACAAUAUUAAAUGUCAUAUAAUCGUUUUUGUACAAUUAAACUCGUUAAUACAUGG